AUGUGCUUGGGAAGUAGUGUUGGCAGUCGGGGUAUCCGUGGUUGGGCUCUGACAAGGUACCGGCAUCCAGGACCGAUGGCGCAGGGUUGGGCUGGCUUUUCUGAGGAGGAGUUAAGGAGACUAAAGCAGACUAAAGAUCCAUUUGUACCACAGCGAUGUCGCCCUGUGAACAAAAGUCGACAACAGCUUCAGCGAGAAAAAGCCCUUCAAGAGCAAAGCCAAAAACUUAGACUUCAAGAUGGAUCAACCUCAUUACCUCCAGAGCAACUGCUUUCUGCAACAGAACAGAGACUUAAUACUCAAAAACCACAUCCUUCUUUUCCUGCUCCUCCGAUCACAGUCACCUCUCCUAUUGGUGAUAGAAAACAACAGGUUGCUGAAAGUCAACCAAGAGAACAGGGGCUUGAGAAUUCCCAUGAUGGAAACUCCCACAAAAAAGCUGAGGUCCUGCCUCCAAAGCCAGAUUGCAAAUUGGAGAAAAAGAAAAUGGAAUUGCAAGAAAAAUCUCGUUGGGAACUCCUCCAACAAGAACAACGACUAAUGGAAGAGAAAAAUAAACGUAAGAAAGCUCUUUUGGCCAAGGCUAUUGCAGAAAGAUCUAAAAGAACUCAGGCAGAGACCAUGAAACUAAAGCGGAUCCAGAAGGAGUUACAGGCUUUAGAUGACAUGGUGUCAGCUGACAUUGGAAUCCUCAGGAACAGGAUUGAUCAGGCCAGCCUAGACUAUUCCUAUGCUCGGAAGCGGUUUGACAAGGCUGAAGCAGAGUAUGUUACAGCAAAGCUAGAUCUACAGCGCAAGACUGAAAUUAAAGAGCAACUCACUGAGCAUCUUUGUACGAUUAUACAGCAAAACGAGCUCCGAAAGGCCAAGAAGUUGGAAGAGUUGAUGCAACAGCUGGAUGUACAAGCUGAUGAGGAAACUUUAGAACUUGAAGUAGAAGUAGAAAGAUUGCUGCAAGAACAAGAAACAGAAGCAGGAAAACAAAUGGUUCAUAUAGAGAGGCCAUGUCAGCCUUCUGGGGACAAAGUGACGUUAGGAUUUCCUAAAGAGAACAGAAAGCAUCAAGAACAAACUGUUUCCCCAAAAUUAGACAAACAGUGUGAAAAGUCCAAUAGCAGUUUCAUUCUUAGUCCAAACUGCCAAAAUCAAGACAUUAAAACAACGGUAAAUGACAUUUCAACUGCUCUGCUCACGUGA